GUCCUGUGUCCAGUGACCUUGUAGGUGUACCAGAACAGGGCUCAAGGACCCCAGGGCACUCUCCCACCCAGGGCCCUUUUCCCUGUUUGCUCCUCCCUUGUCGCUUCUACCCCGCCCCUUAGGGCCCUAAACUUCCUGGGCCAGAACUGUUUGGCUUUUUCCUGCCCCAGUUGAGGGUAGGGGUGGCCUUUGGCCUUAAGAAAAAUGGAGCCCAGGAGGGCAGCGCCGGGACCACCCAGCCAGGGCUCUGCCGUGGGCGCGGGGUCAGCUGCAGAGCUCGUGUACCAUCUAGCUGGGGCUCUGGGUACUGAGCUACAGGAGCUGGCACGCCGUUUCGGACCCGACGCGGCGGCUGGGCUCGUGCCACUAGUAGUGCGAGCGCUGGAGCUCUUGGAAAAGGCCGCCGUGGGGCCGGCUCCGGACUCGCUGCAGGUGUCUGCACAGCAGGCCGAGCUGGAGCUGCGGCGGCUGAGCGAGGAGAACCGGCGCCUCCGCCAGGAGCUAGGCUCCGGGCCGCAGGAGGAGCGCGCGCUGCUGCGACAGCUCAAGGAGGUGACUGACAGACAGCGGGACGAGCUGCGGGCGCACAGCCGAGAACUGCUGCGCCGGAGCCAAGAGACUGAGGCGCUUCAGGAGCAGCUGCAGCGCCUCCUGCUGGUCAACUCUGAGCUGCGGCACAAGCUGGCGGCAGUGCAGACCCAACUGAGAGCGGCACAGGACCGGGAGAGGGAGCGCCAACUAAAUCGGAAUGGUUCCCGCCAGCUGGCUGAAGAACAGAGGCUGGAUGACCCGGCGGAUGCUCAGGAACAGCCAGCGUACCCUCCAGAGGCUGUUCAGUGUGGCUUCAGCCGGGAGGAGGUUGACCAGCUUCUUCAGGAGAGGAACGAGCUCAAAGCCAACGUUUUCUUGCUCAAGGAGGAGUUGGCCUACUUCCAGCGAGAGCUGCUCACAGACCACCGGGUCCCUGGGCUUCUCCUUGAAGCCAUGAAGGUGGCAGUCAAAAAACAGCGGAGGAAGAUCAAGGCCAAGAUGUUGGGAACGCCAGAGGAAGCAGAGAGCAGUGAUGAUGACGAUGGCUCCUGGCUCCUGCUCUCCAAUGACAAGGAAGAUGUUUCCCUAGUUCCUGAAUCCAGAAUCCGGAAUUUCUUUGGCUUAUGGUAUCGCGGCGAAACUGGGGGUCCUGAAGCAGAGACCAGCAACACAGCUCCCAGCAGGCCACAGGAAGGAGAAGAGACUCCACAGCACUCCUCCCUGGCACCUGUGGUCAGCCUUCCAGCCCCCAACUCCUGAUAGGUCAUCCUCAGCUUUCAGUGACCGGCGUGGUCUGAGGGCUUCAGCUACACAAGAGGCCCUAAUUUUGUGUUCUGGCUGUGGAUAGAGGUGUGACAUCAAACAAGGAUGAGGCUCCCCUCUGUGCCUAGCCUGCUCUAGGCAUGAUGGGAGUUUUCAGCAUGCCUCCCUUUCUUGACAUCUCUGUACCACACUUCAGAGCUAGAGGUAAAGAUGUCUCUGAGCUCCGCUUUCCCCGUUGUGCCACGGAGGGCUGCCUGCCUGCCUCCCUAAGGCUCCUGCAGGUGACCAGUGCAAUAAAUAUCCAUAAUACCCCUAAAACUGCUCACGGUCUGUCUGUCAGUGGUCUGUGCUACCUCCCAGCCCUGCUAGGAACUGAGGCCUGGUGACGGUUCAUUACAAGGUCUCCUUGGCUCCUCACUGGAAAUGAGGAGAGUCUAUUUUGGGAGUAUGGCCCCCCCACCCCUUUGGCUGUCUCCAGUACUUAGAGACCCUGUGGCUUCAGUCCUUUUUGGUUCCUUCCAGGCUAAGCCCACUCAGUUUCCACCAUCAGCCUUAUGUUCUCUUUCAUUUCUGGUGCUAAGCUGCCUGCCCUCUCAGGGAUGUGCCUCACUGCUGCCCGCCCUCUGUUCUGGCUUCCUCAGGAAAAGCCUUGGGAGGAAGCAGGGAGGGGGUUGGGAGCU